AUGAGCGCGGCAGCGAGCGGGCGGACGCCGCUGGCGGAAAAGGCCCUGUCGGAGUCCUACGGCCGGCUUCCGUUACACGACACGUCGCUGCUGAUCUGGACGCAGCAGCAGCAGGAGCUGGAGAGGCGGGCGAUGGGAUCAGGCCCGGGACCGGGGCCGGACAGUUUCCUGGGCCGGAGUCAGAGCAUGUGGUACCGACAGUACGGAAACCAGCCCAUCCUGAUCCGGGACAAAAACAAAGUGGUCCCGGGCCCGGACCGGCCCGCUCCCAGUUCUGCGUGGUGAUGUAAAUGGGAUUUGGGUCCCCAUGACAGUACCGUCCGAGGGGUCUUCAGCCGGAGUUCACCCACGGCCGGAAAAUAAAACCUGUAUCUGCAUUAAUACCCAGCGUAUCCACGUCCAGAGCGGCGGACGCGCCCAAGCGAUGAACCCACCGUGUGGCUCAACCAUUGUAUCCAGACCUCUGGAGCACCCACACCUGAAGCAACUCCCUCAGCUAAACCUUGGGGGAUUUCAUCUGGAUUGACAGUCAACUGGAGCACCUCUGCGGCUGUAUCAUCUAAUACACAGUAACUACAUCUGGAUAAACCAACACCUUGAUUAACGUGUUUUGAUCAUCCGGUAUCCGGUGCAACUCGUCCUAAUGAUCAAUCAACAGUCACUGGUCGUUCAUUUGGAUUAGAGCCCUGCAGGCGUUCACUUGUUCCGAUGGGAAUGUAGAUUCCAGCCGCACGGGAUGUAACCAGAUAAAAAGAAUCUACAGCUAUUCAUAAACCGCGAAAAAACGGAUGAAACUGUGCCCGGAGCGAGUGCUCACUACCUGUUCAUCCUCCCAGCAGCAGCUAUUUAUUUUUUUAUUCAUUUAUUUAUCUAUUUAUUUAUUUGUAGAUUGCCACUGAAAGUCUCACCUAAUAAAAGUGGUUAUUUGCACCCAGUUUCACGACGAAAAACGGGCAACAGAAAACACUUGGAGACAUUAGAAGGUGCGAGCACAUGGCUCAAGCAAUCACAGGGACCGACAGUCCACCGCGGGAACAGACCAAACUUGAAUGUUUUGUAUCAAUUUUUUUCAAAUAAUAAUUUACAGUAUUUUCGUGGAACUGCAGUAUUUUUGCAAUUAUGCCUUUUGUUUUACUCACUCCAUUUUCAUAUCUAACAACUUUACAAAUGUCUCGUAUGGUGAACUCUGUUGGAACAUUGAUAGCAGCUACCUAAUUUCAGAAUAUGACAACAAUAUUAUAUUCCCAGGGAUACUUUGUGUCCAGUACAAUGUAAUCAUAUUAUCUGAGAUUUUGCUUUAAUGGAGACUAGCUGCGUCGAACAGGUACAAAAUAAACCUCAAGUACUGAAAAUCUGAAAUAAAAACUAGAUAUUCAGAAGCUGGGGUGUUAUUUGUGGAGCAGCUCAGUGAACUGAUGCAUCCAGAUGCAAGGUCAUUUUCUGUUGAGAGGUCACCCAUCUGAAACAUGAACGCUGUUUCGUUUUUGUUCCACAAAUGCUGCCUGACUACCGAGUAUCAUUCAGA